AUGGCAUCAAAUGAGGUACACUUGGUGCAGAGCCAUGCCAAAGAAGGCGAUGUACCGGGCACAGUUGACUUACGUGGAAAAGAAGGCGAUGACACAGCCUACGGCCAGGCACUCUUUCCUGUGCCAGCUGAAGACCCCAAUGACCCUCUUCAAUGGGAAAAGUGGAAGAAGCUGGCAAUCCUGACAAUCUGCUCGCUCUACUCCUUUCUCUCGAAUACAGCUCUCCUAGGCCCAUCAGUUUACAUCGGUAUUUUUUCUGAGCAAUUCGGCAUCUCAUCUACGAGGGCUUCUGGCUUAAUCUCCUACCCGAACAUCUGCUACGGUGUUGGAACUCUUAUAACAGUACCGAUGUACCUGAAAUUUGGCAGGCGACCCAUCAUGCUUGGAAGCCUGGCUGUAUACUUGAUCGAACUGAUUGGUGCGAGCCAAGCGAAAUCCUAUGAAGCUCUCAUGGCGUGGCGAGUGAUACAUACCCUGUCUAGUGGGGUAUGUGAAGCAUUGCCUGUGCAGCUUGUCAACGAUAUCUUUUUCUUACACGAACGCGGCACGAAACUCGGCAUCUACACCGUCUGUCUCUGCUGGGGCUCUACUGGCCCGUUGUAUGCCGGGUACAUGCUCUCCGGCGGCUACAGCUGGCGCCUCUUCUUCUACGUCGAAAUCGCCUUUGCCGGGUUCCUCCUCGUCCUCGCCUUCCUCUUCGUAGAGGAGACGGCUUACAAGCGCGGCACCACACCGAAUGGACCCUUACCUCCUCCGCCCACUCCCUCUGUCGAGAAACUCGAGCUAGAGAAAAACCACAUCGAAAACAUUGAAACGCAAUCCCAACACCAUUUGCCCGCCCGCCGAACCUUUCUCGCCUCCCUCAAACCCUGGAGCAGCAUUAACCACGACGAAGAGUUCUUCCUCACAGCCGCGAGAUCCUUUACAUACUUUCUUGUCCCAUCUGUCGUCUGGGUUGUUACUACCUAUGGGAUCUACAUUGGUCUGGGAGCUUUGGUCUUCAACUACACUUUCCCCUUGAAGAUCGUCGCGCCACCGUACAACUGGAGCCAAGAGAAUUCUGGCUUGAUAGCGUUGGGAAACAUCAUUGGGUAUGGAUUAGCUGUGCCGUUCACAUUCACGUCUGACUGGCUGGCGGCGAAGUUGACGAGGAGGUAUGGGGGGAUUAGGGAGGCGGAGAUGAGGUUGGGCGUGCUGUUGGUGCCGAUGUUGAUUGCUCCGGCAGGGUUGAUUGUGUAUGGGAUGACGGCGGAAAGGGAUUUGCAUUGGAUUGGGUACUUCGCGGGUGUUGUGAUGGUGGAUUGGGCCAGUUUCGCAUACUUCACCUUCGUCCUCGCUUACUCAAUCGACUCAUAUAAUGCCAACAUGUCCGAGACGUUGAUCGCCAUGUGCGUUGGCAAGCAGCUCAUCAGCUUCGCUUUUGGGAUAUAUCUGCUGGACUGGGUGCAGGAGUCAGGAUACGCCGUAGUGAUUGCUGGUGCCUUCUGUGCCGUGCUCUUGGUCAACAAUCUCUUCGUCCUGGUCUUCAUGGCCUUCGGGAGGAGGAUCCGGGUCUUCUAUGCCAAAUCCUGGUUGGCGAAGAUGCAUCAGAGCACGAUCAAGCAGAUCAUGACACAUUGA